UCAUAAAAUAUGAAUUCCAGAUCACGUUUUCACUGUAUGAAGAACAACAGAAUGCUUUAAAGAGGAAACCACUGAGUCGUUUUAUGAGCAUCAUAUUAAAAACUAAAAUCUGAGGGCCAAGUAAAAACAGUGUUAAAGUUGUGCAAAGAAUUAUGACUACAGCAUUGCUAGUGAAAAAAUCUUGAACUCAUAUGUACACAUACAAGUUAUGAUUUUUUAUAUAAAAAAAUCAAAUGUAUUACACUUUUGAAUAACAUCUGAACUCUUGAUGAAGUCGAGAAAAGAUUUUGUUACAAAAGUCUUGCAAAGGAACAGAACUAUAAAUAAGGUUAACAAAAUUUAACCUUUCAGGAAUCUGCUUUUCUAGAGGGUGAACCUAAAGAAGGCUGUGGCUGUGAUUUGUAGGACUCUUCUACAUCAUGACAACAAACCAUUAAGCUUGGCGAAGAAGAAAUAUUACACGUGGAAGACUGUUACAGUUCCACAAGGCGGAAAAGCAACAAGUAGUCAAGUGUUUUGUCUGUUUCUCAGUAUUACUCAGAUAUUUUUUUUUCUUUGAAUAAUGGACUCAGAGAUACCAAGAACCAUGAAAAGUGGUGCAACAAAGAUACCCAGCAAAAUACUUCAGCUGGUUCUUGUUCUUUUUGUAAUAGCCACACUGGUGCUUGGCACAGUACUACUUCUGGCAAACCAAGGCCUUAUAAACCUUCACUCUGAACAAUACUGCCUGACCAGAGAAUGUGCUGAAGCUGCUGGAGCUGUCUUGAGCAAACUUGAUCAAAGUGUGGAUCCCUGUGACAACUUUUUCAGCUUUGCCUGUGGAGGAUGGAUUAAGGAGAAUCCGAUUCCCGAAGAUGCAUCCAGCUAUGGAAUUUACUCUUGGUUGAGGAAGAAUGUCGACAUUAAGCUAAAAGUGCUGUUGGAAAAACACAUAAGCAAAAGGAGAGAUAUAGAAGCUAUACAGAAAGCAAAGAUACUUUACCGAUCCUGCAUGAAUGAGACUGAAAUAGAAAGGGAAGACUCCAAGCCUUUGCUGAGGCUCCUGAAACACUCCCAUCUCCGGUGGCCUGUGCUAGAAAGUCACAAUGGUGCUGAUGGCAGGUGGUCUUCAAGGAAAUUCAACUUAACAAGUACUCUUGCUACACUGCGUGGCCAACUUGGCCAGUCUUCUUUGAUUAAAAUCUUUGUUUCACCUGAUGAUCAAAAAUCCAAUGAAUAUAUAAUAAAGCUGGACCAAGCAACUUUAACACUGCCAUCAAGGGAAGAUUAUACUAGCAACAGUACAGAGGCAGAAGCAUACAGAAAAGCUCUGCUGAAGUUGAUGAUCGACAUGGCAGUGUAUCUCGGAGCCAGCUCCUCAACAGCCAAGUCAGAUAUGAAAGCAGUUCUUCAGUUUGAGACGCAGUUGGCACAGAUAACAAUCCCUUAUGAAAACAGGACCAGUGAGACUUUGUAUAACAAAAUGACCAUAUCAGACUUACAAAAUAUGGUACCACAGUUUGAUUGGAAUGGAUUUAUUAGGAAGACAAUUGACACCAAAGUUAACCUUCAUCUGAAAGACUUGGAUGAAUCUGAAACAGUGAUAGUGCAUACUCCUCAGUACUUCCAGGAUUUAUUCAAUCUAUUAGAAACUGUGGAAAACAGGACUGUUGCUAACUAUAUCACAUGGAGAAUGGUUCACUCAAGAAUUUUCCAUCUCAGUAGAAGAUUUCUUUAUAGACACUUGGAUUUUGCAAGGAUAAUCACAGGAACAAAUUCUUUAGCUGACCGGUGGGAUAAAUGUGUGAAUCUUGUGGAGAGUGCUCUUCCUUAUGCUUCUGGUAGAUUGUUUGUGGAUGCAUACUUUCAGGAAGAUAAGAAACACAUGAUGGAAGAGCUUAUUGAAGGAAUACGAUGGGCUUUUAUAGACAUGCUAGAUAAAGAAAACGGCUGGAUGGAUACAGAAACCAAAGUUAAAGCUAAAGAAAAGGCACAUGCAGUUAUUGCAAAAGUAGGAUAUCCUGAGUUUAUCAUGAACGAUACAUAUCUGAAUGAAGACAUUAAAAUGCUGAGGUUUUCUGAGCAUGAUUAUUUUGGCAAUGUCUUGCAAACACUAAAGCAUAUAUCACAAUCUGAUUUCUACUGGCUGAGGAAAGAGGUGCCCAAAACAGAGUGGUUUACGAAUCCUACCACAGUCAAUGCAUUUUACAGUUCUACAACCAACCAGAUCAGAUUUCCAGCAGGGGAACUUCAGAAGCCAUUCUUCUGGGGAAUAAAUUACCCUCGAGCUUUAAGUUAUGGUGCAAUUGGAGCAAUUGUUGGACAUGAAUUAACACAUGGAUUUGAUAAUAAUGGUCGUAAAUAUGACAAGAAUGGAAACCUGAACCAGUGGUGGACUAAUACAUCAAUCACAAAAUUUAAUGAGAAAACACAGUGCAUGAUUGAUCAGUAUAACAAUUACUACUGGAAGGAUGCUAAUUUACAUGUCAAAGGGAAAAGAACCUUAGGAGAAAAUAUUGCAGAUAAUGGUGGACUGAGAGAAGCUUUUAGGGCUUACCGGAAAUGGAUUAAUGACAAGAGGAAUGGUAAAGAAGAAGAUCUUCUCCCGGGUGUAGGGCUGACAAACAACCAACUUUUUUUUCUUAGCUAUGCUCACGUCAGAUGUACUUCAUUUAGACCAGAAGCUGCAAGGAAUCAAAUCCAGACUGGAGCCCACAGCCCUCCAUUAUUCAGGGUUACAGGUGCCAUGAGCAACUUUGAUGAGUUCAAGAAAGCAUUCAGCUGUGCAGAAACAUCAAAAAUGAUCCGUGGAAAGCAGUCAUGUCGUGUCUGGUAGAUCUUCAGUGCAGUCUAGCAAAAUAAGACGACCUUUAAUUUCAUUGGAUUUACAAAUUAAAUUAACUACUGUAUGUGUUGUUUUUGGAAUGUGAUUUAAUGGUGUACAAGGUUUAUUCUUUAUGCAGAUAGCACAUAGCUAUCUAUGCUAAGGAAUCAGAUGUAAUAGAAGGCAACAGUGAUGGUGGUAAUGGAUAAUUACUUUCACUGCUUCUGCUGGCAUCACAAGGCAGUACAAUUUAUUUUUAUUUUUAAUUUUAAUUUUAUUUGACAUUUGUUAACCAGGAUAGUCCAGCUGGGCAUCAGCGGAGGCCUGGGGGAAAAGCUCCAUAUAUGAAAGUAAUUUACUAUUUACAAUCAGUACAUACAAUAUAGAACAGAAUUAAUGAAUACAAUAAGUAACUGAGUAGAAUAAAAAAGUAAGCAUACAAUGAUAAUACAGAUAUGGAUAGAGAUUUUGUACAAGAAAUAGAGUCAAUGUGAAGAAUAGUUAUGAUAGUAGAAAGAAAUGCAGUAAUUGUAGUAUAAAAGGCAAAUAAUUGGGAAAAGAUUGAGGUAGGAUAGUAAAGUGGAGUACAAGAUAGUAAUGUGAUAUGGCUUCAGGUAAGAUCAUGGGUAGCAAUGACUUCAGAGUGAAGAGGAAAGUAAGAAAAGUUAUGGAAGUUGAGGGAAUAAAGUAAUAGUGGCAUAAAAGGGAAGUAAUUAGGAACAAAAGCUUCAACAACCCUUGCUCAUUUUAGACAGCAGUGGUUUUCACAAAUGUUAACAUUCAAGCUAUGUUGACAAAAUACAAUAAUAUGUACAUACAUUGGUAGAAUGGUGCAGGAAUUGGUGUUGCUGCCAUGGAGAGUUUGUUUCACCAUUUAUUUCUCAUAGGAGUGCUUAUUAUUUAGAGCUUUAAUGGCCUUCUUGUGUUCACAUAGAUUUUGGCUGUGGUAUCCAAAGUCUUCCCUUUACCAAAUAAAUGCUGGUAGGUAGGUUAUUGAUGCUAAACUCCCUCAGGAAAUCAGAUGAGUAUAGAUGUUACAUCAUGGAUUGGAAUCCCAUUCAGGGAUGAUUCUUGCCUUGUGCCUGUUGUUCUCUGGAGAUAAAGUUCUAUCUCCCUCGAAUCCUAAACUGGAUAACAAGGUUUUGCUAGAGUGUAAUUUGUUAAAGUUUAUAGAUAGACAGAUAGAUAUAGCCUACAGAUGAAACAAUAUGCAUUAAAACAUACUUUAGAUUGAUUCUCUGUUUAUGAUAAUCAUGCUGAUCACAGCUGCAGUAGUCUUAGUUAUAUGGGUUAUAUCCUCCCAAGAAUAUAACAGCCUACUAGAAUCCAAAGCUUCAGGGCACCUUCCAUGCACCCAAGCUGUCAGGCAGGCUAGAGCUGAACUGACUAAAAGACAAGUUUGGGCACAAACCCUUCUCAACUUUACUAUCACUGAAGAUUACACUUCUCAGAGACUUUCAAGGAUCGAGGCUUGUCUUUGUUUUUGCAGGGCAGAUAAGUUACAUUUGAGGAAAGAAAACCUCCAUUUUCUUAAUUUUGUUGAUGUUUUAUUUCUUUCCUCUUCAGAGAAGUUAUUUUAAUGAACUGUAUCGAGACUGUAACAUACUUUUAAAUAGAGCUCUCAUUCUUUUCUGUUAGUUUAAAAGUGGAAUAAAGUAACUGAAAACA